CCCACAGGUGAAAGCCAAUGACUCAGACCAGGGAGCCAACGCUGAAAUCGAUUACUCCUUCCACCAAGCCUCAGACAUGGUGCGCCGGCUGCUGCGCCUGGACCGCACCACGGGGCUCAUCACCGUGCAGGGGCCCAUUGACCGCGAGGACGUCGGCACCCUCAAGUUCUCCGUCAUGGCCAAGGAUAAGGGGGCCAACCCCAAGACUGCCCGUACCCAGGUGGUGGUCACCAUCAAGGACAUGAAUGACAACGCACCCUCCAUAGAGAUCCGUGGCAUAGGGCUGGUCACUCACCAGGAUGGAAUGGCCAACAUAUCGGAGGAUGUGCCAGUAGAGACAGCAGUAGCUCUGGUGCAGGUGUCUGACCGAGAUGAGGGUGAAAACGCUGUGGUGACCUGCGUGGUGGCUGGUGAUGUGCCCUUCCAGCUGCGGCAGGCUAGUGAGACAGGGAGUGACAGCAAGAAGAAAUACUUCCUCCAGACCACCACACCACUGGACUACGAGUCAGUGAAGGAGUAUACUAUUGAGAUUGUGGCGGUGGACUCGGGGAACCCACCCCUCUCCAGCACCAACUCUUUGAAGGUGCAGGUGGUAGAUGUGAAUGACAAUGCUCCUGUCUUCAGCCAGAGCUUCACUGAGGUGGCUUUCCCCGAGAACAAUGAACCUGAUGACCUGGUGAUGGAAGUAAGUGCCACAGAUGCUGACAGUGGUUCCAAUGCUAAGCUAGUGUAUUCCCUGGUGACAGACCCCUCCUCCAAGGGCUCUUUCACCAUCGACCCCGACUCUGGGGAGAUCCGGGUGAAGGCAGUGCUGGACCGAGAGCAGCGGGAACGCUAUGAGUUCUUGGUGGUGGCAGCAGAUAAGGGCAGCCCCAGCCUGAAGGGCACAGCGUCUGUGGCCAUCAAUGUCAUGGACAGGAAUGACAACGACCCCAAGUUCAUGCUGAGUGGCUACAACUUCUCGGUGAUGGAGAACAUGCCACCCCUCAGCCCUGUGGGCAUGGUGACGGUGAUCGAUGCUGACAAAGGAGAAAACGCCCGUAUCCAGUUGUCGGUGGAGCAAGACAAUGGGGAUUUUGUCAUCCAAAAUGGCACUGGCACCAUCCUCUCCAGCAUCUCUUUUGACCGGGAGCAGCAGAGCACAUACACCUUCCGACUCAAGGCGGUGGAUGGUGGUGAUCCUCCCAGAUCUGCGUAUGUAGGGGUGACCAUCAAUGUCUUGGAUGAGAAUGAUAACGCUCCCUUCAUCACUUCCCCCUCCAAUGCCACCUACAAACACAUCCUGCCCCACACGAGCCCUGGCCAGCAGGUCAGCAAGGUCAAGGCGGAGGACAUUGACUCUGGUGUCAAUGCUGAGCUGAUCUACAGCAUCACAGGAGGCAAUCCCUUUGAGCUCUUCCAGAUAUCCCCGCAGAGCGGAGACAUCACCCUGGAGAAGGAGAUCCUGCGCAAGCACCAUGGCCUGCACCGCUUGGUAGUGCGUGUCAACGACAAGGGCAAACCGUCGCGGCACGGCACAGCCUUGGUGCACUUCUACGUCAACGAGACGUUGGCCAACCGCACACUGCUGGACACGCUGGUGGGGCACAGCCUGGACACCCCCCUGGACAUAGACAUUGCCGGGGACCCUGAGUAUGAACGCAGCAAGCAGCGAAGCAACAUCCUCUUUGGAGUCAUCGCCGGCAUCGUGGCCGUCACCCUGGUCAUCGUGCUGGUUGUCCUGGUGCGCUACUGCCGGCAGCGGGAGGCCAAGAGCGGCUACCAGGCAGGCAAGAAGGAGACCAAGGACCUGUAUGCACCCAAGCAGGCCAGCAAGAGUGGGAAGAGCAAGGGCAAGGUGAAGAAGAGCAAAUCUCCAAAGCCACCCAAGCCCACAGAGGAUGAGGAGGAGACUGGGCUGCAGAAAUCACUCAAGUUCAACCUCAUGAAUGACUCUGUCAGCGACAGCCCCCGAAUCCACCUGCCCCUCAACUACCCUCCGGGCAGCCCAGACCUGGGGCGCCACUACCGCUCCAACUCACCGCUGCCCUCCAUCCAGCUGCAGCCUCAGUCACCCUCUGCCUCCAAGAAGCACCAAGUGGUGCAGGACCUGCCAGCCACCAACACCUUUGUUGGCACCGGGGACAACAACUCGACGGGCUCCGAGCAGUACUCGGACUACAGCUACCGCACCAAUCCCCAGAAAUACACCAACAAGCAGGUAGGAGAGCUCAUCCUGAGGCCGGCAGCGGCGCCCCCGCUGCACCGGGGAGCCAUCUGGACAGAGGUGUGGGAGUGA